AUGAACAACACUCACACCAUGGCUUCCUGCUUCCUCCCUUCUCCUAUGGCUACAAACCGCCAAGAAGAAGACUCAAUCAUACUCUUCUCAGCAUCAAACUCUCCUGAUGAAUUCUCAUCAGCUUCCUCUUCCUUCUCUUCUUCACCACUCCCGACCCCUAACCGCUUCUCUUUAACCGUCACUAACCUCUCCUACACAAUCCACCACGCCAGAAUCCUAACCUCUGUGUCCUUUGCAGCUGAGUCCUCUAAAAUCCUAGCCGUGGUUGGGCCGAGCGGGACAGGCAAAUCAACACUAUUGAAGAUCAUUUCAGGAAGAGUGAGCCACAAGUCACUCGAUCCAUCUUCUUCAAUCUCAAUAAACGGUCGUAGAGUCAGCGACUAUAACCAUCUGCGCAGGCUCUGCGGGUUUGUCCCUCAGGACGACGAUCUACUUCCUCUGCUUACCGUGAAAGAGACGUUGAUGUAUAGCGCCAAAUUCAGUUUAAGAGAUUCCACGGCCAAGGAGAGAGAAGAGAGAGUUGAGAGCUUGUUAACGGAUCUCGGUCUUGUUCUCGUUCAGGACAGCUUCGUCGGAGAAGGAGACGAAGAGGAUCGUGGCGUAUCGGGAGGAGAACGGAAGAGAGUCUCUAUAGCCGUUGAGAUGAUCCGUGACCCGCCGAUUCUGCUUCUAGACGAACCGACUUCCGGUUUGGAUAGCCGGAACUCGCUUCAGGUCGUCGAGCUUUUAGCUUCCAUGGCGAAAUCAAAGCAGAGAACCGUCGUCUUCUCAAUCCAUCAACCGAGCUAUCGAAUCCUCGAUUACAUCUCCGAUUACUUGAUCCUCUCCCGCGGAUCGGUCAUCCACUUCGGGAAUCUGGAGCAUCUCGAGGACUCGAUCGCGAAGCUAGGAUUUCAGAUCCCAGAACAGCUCAAUCCGAUUGAAUUCGCCAUGGAGAUAGUCGAGUCACUGCGAAACUCGAACCCAAAGGACUCGUCGCGCGCCGUAGAAGUAUCAUCAUCAUCAUCGAUCUGGCCGGAAAACGGAAACGAAAAUGACGGGAUUGUCGUCAUAAAGCAAGAGCCUCGUCUCAUCGACAUCGCCGAGAUCUCAUAUCUCUGCUCGAGGUUCUGCAAAAUCAUCUACAGAACAAAGCAGCUAUUCCUGGCGCGAACAAUGCAAGCCGUGGUGGCUGGGUUAGGUCUAGGAAGCGUCUACACAAGGCUCAAACGAGACGAAGAAGGCGUAGCAGAGCGGCUUGGGCUCUUCGCCUUCAGCUUAAGCUUCCUCCUCUCCUCCACAGUCGAAGCUCUUCCGAUUUACCUCCGUGAACGACGCGUCCUGAUGAAAGAAUCAUCUCGCGGAUCCUACAGAAUCUCAUCUUACAUGAUCGCCAACACGAUCGCAUUCGUACCGUUCCUCUUCGUUGUAUCACUCCUCUUCUCCAUCCCGGUCUACUGGAUCGUAGGCCUUAACCCGUCGGUUCAAGCAUUCUCCUUCUUCGUCCUCUGCGUCUGGCUCAUCAUCCUCAUGGCCAGCUCUCUGGUGCUCUUCCUCAGCGCGGUUUCACCUGACUUCAUCUCCGGAAACUCACUCAUCUGCACCGUUCUCGGAGCUUUCUUCCUCUUCUCCGGCUACUUCAUCCCCAAGGACAAGAUCCCCAAACCGUGGAUGUUCAUGUACUACGUGUCACUGUACCGUUACCCGCUGGAGUCGAUGCUGGUGAACGAGUACUGGAGCGUGCGAAAGGAGUGCUUCUCAAGCGGGGACAUGGGUUGCUUGAUGACCGGAGAGGAUGUGUUGAAGGAGAGAGGACUUGACAAGGACACAAGGUGGAUCAAUGUCGGGAUUAUGCUUGCCUUCUUCGUUUUUUAUAGAUUCCUCUGCUGGGCUAUUCUCCUCCGAAAGGCUUCCAAGUCAACAACUCUUUAA